GCUCCGGUCUUGUUAUGCGUGCAUGUGACCACACAAGGCGCUUACGGUAUUUAAACAGCACCGUCGACAGACACCGUGCUGAAGUGGACAGCUCCCAAUUCAGAUGAAGAAGAACAACAAAAAAAACAACCAACCAUCCAACCAACCAACCAACCAACCAUCGACUUAGUCACAGUUUGAUUUGGUUCGUCCAGCGAUACGAGUCUGUCUCUCACGGUGAGCUGAGCUGAGCAUUAACAGCGCUGAGCUGAGCAUUAACAGCGUUUGUUUUAUAUUUUUAUAUAUAUAUAUAUAUAUAUAUAUAUAUAAUCAUCACCAUCCAGAUGUGUAUCUAAAGAAGACGGCGACGGUAUUAAAUGGACUUUUCGUUAUUUAUUUGUUGCGAGCUGACGCCGCAGGAGUUGGACAUUGUGGAGUUGUUCUGAUGUUUAAUAGGAAACACCUGUAGCUGAAUCUCCUAUCUGUACAUACACCAGUCUCUAAUGUAUUUGGACUAUUAUUCCACACAGAUAUGUUUUGAUACACAUCUAUUUUCAGCCGGCAGGGAAGGGCUUUGCUCUCUCUCUCUCUCUCUCUCUCUCUCUCUCUCUCUCUCUGACGCCGUCGGCCAUCUAAUCUCCGAUGCAAAAAGAGCGAAGGUAAAGCCAUUUACUGGUCCGUUAAUAUCUAAGCUUUUCCUCUCGGAUCUCUCUCUGUGUGCUGCUGCUGCUGCUGCUGCUCGCAGACAGGAACAUGGAUAGAGAGGAAUUCGUUGUGACAAGAGCUUUGACUGGAUUUUUAUGGAUGGUGUUUUCUUGUCCAAACUAAAAUAAUAAUUAUAAAAGACAGUUGAGUCGAAGCUCAACAACCGACCACGGUGCGUCUGGCGGUUCGUGAUCACCAUCCUUCUAUUUUUGUUGUUGUUGCGCACCGCUUUUAAAAAUUUUUUAUUAAUUGAAUGCAUUUUUAAUGUAGCUGGGGGGGUAGAUCAGAGAUAGGCUUAUAUUUUAAGUAAAAACAACCAUGGGGGGCACAGAUGAGUGUAAAACUAUGCUGGAUGCUUUGAACAAAGUCACAGCGUGCUACAGGCACCUGGUCAUCGCGUUGGGCAGCACAUCGGACUCUCAGAACCUACGCGAGGAACUUAAAAAGACCCGGAAGAAAGCUCAGGAGCUCGCUGUGGCCAACCGGAAUAAACUAACGGAGUUGCUCAAAGACAAGACCAUCAGCAAGGACGACCGUGCUGAGUAUGAGAGGCUGUGGGUGUUGUUCACCAGCAGCAUGGAGCUACUGGAAGUGGACAUGAAGCGAAGCUUGGAGAUAGGGCAGGAGUUUCCCCUCAAGGUGCCCACCAGACACCUCAUCCAGACGGGUAUGACCGGCAGCACCACCACGGUGGCCGCCAGGGCCAUGUCUUGUCAGAACAUGAAAUACGACGCGGACAGCAACAUCGACACUGCCGACUUGAAGGAGCUCCAAGCCGAGAUCACCCAGGUGGGUCAGAUGAUGGAAGAGAUGGAGAUGAAGGUGCAGGUCGCACCGUGGGCCGUGGAGGCCAAGCAGGAAGCCGGCGCCGAGCUCAAAUCCACCCUGAGCGUCGGGAAUUCCUCCGUGGGUGUCAUUUCCAUCUGCGACGAGGAGCCCAAAGACGAGAUAAAUGAAGGGGAUGUCAAUAACGGAAUGAUCACGUGCAUCGCCGGGUUUAUAUUCGCUGCUAUUGUUGUGAUCGCCGGGGUCCUAGGAUACUUCGUAAUCGGCGGAUAGGAUACUUAGUAUUGAACGUUUUCAGCCAGCCUGGGAAAUACUUCAGAGAUAAACAGAGCGGGGCGUAGCUCAGAGACAGAUACAGCCCGGGAUGGACACUAGGCAGGUUAUAUGCCCGGAGAAACGGCUCUAAUCAUUGACGAGAAAGAGACUAGCGCCCCUGAGACAUCGAGGAGUUGUCCAGGUGCUGAAAACUGGUACGCCGAUUCCCCUUAUAGUCCUCUACUUUAGACCAGAGCCACUGCAAGGGGUUAUUCCCCUUAUAGUCCUCUACUUUAGACCAGAGCCACUGCAAGGGGGUUAUUCCCCUUAUAGUCCUCUAUUUUAGACCAGAGCCACUGCAAGGGGGUUAUUCCCCUUAUAGUCCUCUAUUUUAGACCAGAGCCACUGCAAGGCAUUAUUCCCCUUAUAGUCCUCUAUUUUAGACCAGAGCCACUGCAAGGGGGUUAUUCCCCUUAUAGUCCUCUAUUUUAGACCAGAGCCACUGCAAGGGGGUUAUUCCCCUUAUAGUCCUCUAUUUUAGACCAGAGCCACUGCAAGGGGGUUAUUCCCCUUAUAGUCCUCUACUUUAGACCAGAGCCACUGCAAGGCAUUAUUCCCCUUAUAGUCCUCUACUUUAGACCAGAGCCACUGCAAGGGGGUUAUUCCCCUUAUAGUCCUCUACUUUAGACCAGAGCCCCUGCAAGGGGGUUAUUCCCCUUAUAGUCCUCUAUUUUAGACCAGAGCCACUGCAAGGCAUUAUUCCCCUUAUAGUCCUCUAUUUUAGACCAGAGUCACUGUAACAUUUUAUCUCAGCCUCACAAUAAUAAUAAUAAUAAUAAACAAUAAUAAUUUAUUCAGCUUCUAUAGUGCUUUUCAUUACAAAAAAAUUGGGAAUAGGGUCCUAUAGGGCUCUGGUCUAAAGUAGUGCACUAUAUAUAGGGAAUAGGGUGCCAUAGGGCUCUGGUAUAAAGUAGUGCACUAUAUAGGGAAUAGGGUUCCAUAGGGCUCUGGUCUAAAGUAGUGCACUAUAU